CAUUUUCUUCAUUGGAACAAGCUCUAAGGUCCCAGCACUGAGAUAAUGAGCACCGCAAGGUUCAUCAAGUGCGUCACCGUUGGGGAUGGAGCUGUGGGAAAGACUUGCAUGCUUAUCUCCUAUACGAGCAAUACUUUCCCCACCGAUUAUGUUCCUACAGUUUUUGACAACUUUAGCGCCAAUGUGGUGGUCGACGGCAGCACGGUCAACCUUGGUUUAUGGGACACUGCCGGGCAGGAAGAUUACAACAGGCUAAGACCUUUGAGUUACAGAGGAGCUGACGUGUUUUUGCUUGCCUUUUCCCUCAUUAGCAAGGCCAGUUAUGAAAACGUCUACAAAAAGUGGAUUCCCGAGCUAAGACAUUAUGCUCCUAAUGUCCCUGUUGUGCUUGUUGGAACCAAACUAGAUUUGCGAGAUGACAAACAGUUCUUGACUGAUCAUCCAGGAGCAACGGCAAUAACAACUUCUCAAGGGGAGGAACUAAAGAAAAUUAUAGGAGCAGUUAGUUACAUUGAAUGCAGUUCCAAAACCCAACAGAAUGUGAAGGCUGUUUUCGAUACUGCAAUAAAGGUAGCACUGAGGCCACCAAAGCCAAAGAGAAAGCCUCACAAGAAAAGAUCAUGUGUUUUCCUUUGAGUCUCAAUCAACAUUACACUCAAUUGCAGAAAAUAUAUUUUCUGCUAUACCUUUUUAUUUUUUUUUUAUUUUUUUUUAUCCUUAAAUUCCAUUUGAAUAUAAAGGAUAUCCAUUAAAAAAUGCUGUAAUCGAUUACUGAAAGAAAUAGUUUUUGUUUUAUUUUUGUAAUCAUCUUUGUGAUAAGCUAUAUUUUGAAAUGGCAGGACCUGUUUGUAAUUUCUGAGCAAUAAUUUAGAUUAAAGUUCAAUGGAGUACUCCAACUGUUUGAACUCUUGUUCCCGGGAAUCCUGUUCAACUUAUCAAAACUUUAAGAAUGGAAAAGAU